AUGGCUACCACUUCGAAUAUGUUCAUGUAUUCCCUGACGAUCCAGCCUCCGACUGCAAUCACACAGGCUAUUUUGGGUCAGUUUGCAGGAACUAAGGAACAGCAGAUCGUCACGGCGUCGGGCUCAAAGCUCACUAUCCAUCGUCCUGACCCCGCGCAGGGGAAAAUCACCCCAAUCUAUUCCCAGGAUGUCUUUGGUAUCAUUCGUACACUAGCAGCUUUUCGGCUGGCUGGGAGCAAUAAAGAUUAUAUAAUCAUUGGCUCAGACUCGGGACGUAUCACCAUCAUUGAAUAUGUGCCAUCCCAAAACCGGUUCAACCGGAUCCAUCUGGAGACCUUUGGAAAAUCUGGCGUUCGUCGCGUCGUCCCUGGGCAAUACCUGGCGGUAGACCCGAAGGGUAGAGCUUGUCUGAUUGCCUCGGUGGAGAAGAACAAACUUGUGUAUGUUCUGAAUCGCAACUCGCAGGCCGAGCUUACGAUUUCUUCCCCUCUGGAAGCUCAUAAGCCGCAGACAGUGGUCUUUGCCAUGAUCGCUCUCGAUGUGGGCUAUGAGAAUCCCAUCUUUGCUGCUCUCGAGGUGGACUACUCUGAAUCUGAUCAAGAUCCCACUGGUCGCGCCUAUGAAGAAUCUGAAAAGGUUCUCGUGUACUACGAACUUGAUCUGGGUUUAAAUCAUGUUGUGCGCAAGUGGGCCGACCCUGUGGAUCGCACUUCAAACAUGCUCUUCCAGGUUCCUGGAGGCGGCGAUGGUCCGAGUGGUGUCUUGGUAUGUGCGGAGGAUAGCGUUACCUAUCGACACUCGAAUCAGGAUGCAUUCAAAGUGCCAAUCCCUCGCCGGAGCGGCGCCACUGAGAACCCUGAACGGAAACGUACGAUAGUCGCCGGUGUCAUGCACAAGAUGAGGGGCGCUUUCUUCUUUCUCCUUCAAACCGAUGACGGUGACUUGUUCAAGGUCACGAUUGACAUGGUUGAAGAUGACAAUGGGCAGCUGACUGGUGAAGUCAAGAGAUUAAAGAUCAAGUACUUUGACACAGUGCCAGUCGCGUCCAAUCUCUUGAUCUUGAAGAGUGGCUUCCUCUACGUUGCUAGUGAGGGUGGAAACCAUCACUUCUAUCAGUUUGAGAAGCUGGGAGACGAUGACGAGGAGAUCGAGUUCAGUAGCGAAUCCUACUCGGCUGAUCCAUCUGUUCCCUGUGAUCCUGUCUUCUUCCGACCUCGAGGCGCGGAGAACUUGAAUCUCGUCGAAUCACUCAACUCAUUAAAUCCUCUGAUCGACAGCAAGAUUGCAAACCUCAAUGAGGAUGACGCACCCCAGAUUUAUGCUGUUUCUGGUACUGGCGCUCGCAGCACUUUCAGGACUCUCAAGCAUGGCUUGGAGGUCUCUGAGAUUGUGGAGUCGGAGCUUCCCAGUGUACCAUCUGCCGUUUGGACAACCAAGCUGACUCGCGGAGACGAGUUUGACGCCUAUAUCAUUCUUUCCUUCGCAAAUGGUACCUUGGUGCUGAGUAUCGGCGAGACUGUUGAAGAAGUCACUGAUACUGGUUUCCUCUCAACCGCGCCUACUUUGGCUGUUCAACAGCUCGGCGAGGACUCGUUGAUUCAAGUUCACCCGAGAGGUAUUCGUCACAUCCUUGCAGAUCGGCGGGUCAAUGAAUGGCCUGCUCCACAACACAGAUCAAUCGUGGCGGCCGCGACAAACGAACGUCAAGUUGCGGUUGCCCUGAGCUCAGGCGAAAUCGUCUACUUCGAAAUGGACGCUGAUGGCUCACUUGCCGAAUAUGACGAGAGACGUCAGAUGUCGGGUACAGUCACAUGUCUCAGUCUGGGUGAGGUCCCUGAAGGUCGUGUCCGAAGCUCCUUCCUCGCCGUAGGAUGUGAUGACUCGACCGUUCGCAUCCUCAGCCUAGAUCCCGAUUCUACCCUUGAAAAUAAGUCGGUUCAAGCUCUUACAUCAGCUCCGUCAGCGCUGAACAUCAUGUCGAUGGCUGAUUCCAGCUCUGGCGGUACAACACUGUACCUGCACAUCGGUCUUUAUUCUGGCGUUUAUCUUCGAACUGUCCUGGACGAAGUGACUGGAGAACUCUCUGAUACUCGUACCCGAUUUUUGGGUGCUAAGCCGGUCAAGCUGUUCCGAGUUUCAGUCAGGGGACAAACUGCUGUCCUCGCGCUUAGCUCUCGGCCUUGGCUGGGUUAUUGCGACAUUCAAACGAAAGGUUUCAUGCUCACCCCACUUGAUUACGUGGGCCUUGAAUGGGGCUGGAACUUUUCUAGCGAACAGUGUGUGGAAGGAAUGGUUGGUAUCCAAGGACAGAAUCUUCGGAUCUUCUCCAUUGAGAAAUUGGACAACAACAUGUUGCAGGAAUCCAUUCCUCUUUCCUACACACCCCGUCGUUUGCUAAAGCACCCAGAACAGCCUCUGUUCUACGUUAUCGGAUCGGACAAUAAUGUUUUGUCCCCCGCUACACGAGCUCGUUUGAUUGAAGAUUCGAAGGCACGCAACGGAGAAGCCGAUACCUUACCACCGGAAGAAUUCGGAUAUCCUCGAGCUACAGGCCAUUGGGCAUCUUGCAUACAAGUUGUCGAUCCCGUGAAUGCUAAAGCUGUGAUCUCGACGAUUGAACUUGAGGAGAACGAGGCCGCUGUGAGCAUGGCAGCCGUACCCUUCUCCAGUCAGGAUGACGAAACUUUCCUAGUAGUAGGAACGGCUAAGGAUCUCACUGUAAAUCCUCCUUCGUCUGCCGGUGGUUUCAUCCAUAUCUACAGAUUUCAAGAAGACGGAAAGGAGUUGGAGUUUAUUCACAAGACGAAGGUCGAAGAACCUCCUCUUGCUCUUCUUGCGUUCCAAGGUCGCCUGGUCGCAGGUAUUGGUUCGAUUCUUCGAAUCUACGACCUUGGAAUGAAGCAGUUGCUUCGCAAAUGCCAGGCUCCGGUUGUGCCCAAGACGAUCGUUGGGCUUCAAACACAGGGCAGCCGGAUCAUCGUCAGCGACGUUCGGGAGAGCGUGACGUAUGUAGUGUACAAGUACCAGGAGAACGUUUUGAUUCCCUUCGUGGAUGACACUGUCUCUCGCUGGAUGACGAGCACGACGAUGGUUGACUAUGAGACGGUUGCUGGUGGUGAUAAAUUCGGGAAUCUUUGGCUCGUCCGCUGUCCUAAAAAGAUUUCGGAGGAGGCAGACGAGGACGGUUCAGGAGCUCAUCUGAUUCAUGAGCGUGGUUAUCUGCAUGGAACCCCCAAUCGCCUCGAGUUGAUGAUCCAUACCUAUACACAAGAUAUUCCGACGAGCGUGCAUAAGACUCAACUUGUCGCGGGCGGUCGUGAUAUCCUCGUGUGGACUGGAUUCCAGGGUACGAUUGGAAUGCUUGUGCCUUUCAUGAGCCGUGAAGAUGUGGACUUCUUCCAGAACUUGGAGAUGCAGCUCGCGUCCCAGUGCCCCCCUCUCGCUGGACGGGAUCACCUAAUCUAUCGCAGCUAUUAUGCGCCAGUGAAGGGCGUGAUUGAUGGCGACUUGUGUGAAAUGUAUUUCUUACUGCCUAAUGACACGAAGAUGAUGAUUGCCGCGGAACUCGACCGCUCUGUUAGGGAAAUUGAGCGGAAGAUUUCGGAUAUGCGGACCAGGGUGGCGUACUGA